AUGGAUGCAAGAACGAAGCUGUAUCAAAAACAAAAUAUUGUAAAAGCUGCAAUAGAAGCAAUUGAAAGUAGCAUCUCGAAACGUGAGAUGAGAAGCGCAUCAUUGAAAGAACAAAGAAAUAGAUUACAGCAUUUAUGGAAGGAGUUUCAAGAAAACCAUGGGACGAUAUUAAAAAAUCAUGGACCCAAAGAUGACGUCUAUUUCGAGGCAAAUUCAUACGAAAUGAUGGAAGAAUUGGUUAACGAGCUAGAUAAAACAAUAUGUACAAAAUUAGCUGCGGAGUCAGAAAUAUCAAAUACCGAAGAAAUAAUAAAAGAAAUACCGCUGGAUAAGAACCACGAAACCGAAUCAAAUAAGGACAAGAAGGAAGAAAAAUGGUCCCAAGAAACAAACACGUUAAUGUUCGAAAUUAAAAGAUCAAUUCAGAAAUUAAAAACAAGGUUUAUAAUGGGACUAAUGCAAGAAGAAGAACAGGAGCUUAUAAGAGAAAGAGAAAGCUGGCAAAAGCAAAUAGAUAUAAUACAAAACUAUUAUAUAAGGUUGCGAAUUAAAUACAAUGUACAUUCUGAAGAACUGUUUAUAGAAAAAGAUGAUAUUGAAGAGUGGCAUCGUGAAUACGAAGUUAAAUUACUAAAUAAAAUAAAAAAGUUUGCUGUAACAAAAAGGUCAGUUAAAUUAGCAGAGAUCAAGAUUCCAUUAUUUAACGGCAAUGUUGAAGACUGGCAAUCAUUCAAGGAAUUGUAUGAAAAAAUAGUACACGAAAACACUGAAGUAUCUAAGGUAGAAAAAAUGUAUCAUCUAAAGUCACUCCUUAGAAGUGAUGCUCUUACUGCAAUAAAACAUUUGCCAGUAUCCGAAAACAACUACGAGGCAGCAUGGGAAAUUUUAAAUCAGCGAUUCAGUAACAAACGAGUGUUGUUCCAGUCCCUAAUUGACAAGAUAUUAGAUCAACCACAAAUAAACAGCAGUAACGCAUCCAGCGUAAAAUCGUUAUGGCAUACAACAAACGAAUGUAUGCAAGCAUUAUCAGCUAUGAACAUUGGAAUCGAACACGCGGAUUCCGUCAUAGCACGUAUAAUAAUGCGCAAAAUGGACAAGGAAGGGCUGCUUGCGUAUGAACAAAUAACAAGAAGAACGAAAGAGAUACAAGCGCUAGACGAUGUUUUACAAUUCCUAGAACAGCUAUAUAGAAGUUUAGAAGCAGCCAAUAGCAAAAAACAACAUAAUAAUUACAGCAGCUACAGACAGCCAUCGCAAAAGGUAUCCCUCCUGACAGAAAAUAUCAUAUGUCUGUAUUGUAAAAAAGGAGGACAUGCAACAGACAAUUGCCGAAAUUAUUUAGCCCUAUCAGUAGCUGAUCGAAAUGUAUGGGGAAGGUCAUCGAGAACUUGCUUUAAAUGUUUAAAGCACCCGUUUACGAAUAAAACGAUAUGUGAAAAUAAAAAAUCCUGUAUUAAAUGUGGGCGAGCACAUCAUACAACGCUGCAUAAAGAUUCGGUAAUGGCAAAUUGCGUAAAUACAGCAAAAGAUGUGUUAUUGGCAACAGCGCAAGUAUGUAUAAAAAAUCAACAGGGAGAGGCAAAGGCAUUAAUUGAUCAAGAAUCUCAGACAACAUUCAUUAGCGAAGAAGCUGCUCAGAUAUUGCAAAAGCCACGAGUUAAAAUCAAUACAGAAUUAUAUGGAAUUGGAAAAGUAUUAGCGGGUGAUGCAAAAUCAAAAAUAAAAGAUUUGGAAAGUCAAAUCGCUUCAUAUGAGGAUUGGAAAGAUAUAACGAAGAAUAACCAGGCACGCCUAUCAAGCUUUCCUGAUAUUGAAAAAGACGUAGAGUUCUUGCGUGACAAAAACAAAUGUUUGCAUGAACUGAUAGGUGAUAAGCUAUUGCUGGAAGAACAAGUCUAUGGUUUGAAAACGCAACUCAAAAUUGAAGAUCCUGAAGACACACUCAGUAAAAGCGUUAAAAUCGAAGCUGAAGCACCUGAAGAAAUAUUCAAUGAGAAUAUUAAUAAUAAAAAUUACAACGAAAAGGAAUCCGAAGAAGAUGAACUUCUAGGUAUAUCAGGGGAUACCAAUAACCAUGAAGUUGUUACUCGUGCCCAAGCCAAAAAUCUCAUCGAUGCAGGCGUUGAUGGUUUGCGUGUUGGUAUGGGUUCUGGAUCAAUUUGUAUAACUCAAGAAGUUAUGGCCUGUGGUUGUCCACAGGCAACAGCUGUACAUCAAGUUUCCACAUAUGCCAAAAAAUUUGGCGUACCAGUUAUUGCUGACGGUGGUAUACAAUCGAUUGGACAUAUUGUAAAAGCUUUGGCUUUGGGUGCUAGUGCAGUUAUGAUGGGAUCAUUAUUAGCCGGCACUUCUGAAGCACCUGGUGAAUAUUUCUUUUCUGAUGGUGUUCGUCUUAAGAAAUAUCGUGGCAUGGGUUCACUUGAAGCAAUGGAACGUCGAGAUGCUAAAGGUGCUGCCAUGUCGCGUUAUUAUCAUAACGAAAUGGAUAAAUUAAAGGUAGCACAAGGUGUUAGCGGUAGUAUUGUUGACAAAGGAUCUGUUUUACAUUAUUUACCAUAUUUGGAAUGUGGCUUACAGCAUAGUUGUCAAGAUAUUGGCGCACGUUCGAUUGAUGAGUUAAAAAAAAUGAUUUACAAUGGUGAAUUACGUUUUAUGAAACGUACACAUUCCGCUCAAGUUGAAGGCAAUGUUCAUGGCUUGUUCUCAUAUGAGAAACGUCUCUUCUAACAUAUGUCGGCUGUGCAUUACAACAUUAACGGAAACAUAACUAACAACAUCACUAGCAGCAAUGUCAACAAUAUGUUAAAGAAUUCGAAAUCAAAUUUGUUAUUUCGAAAUUCUUCAACAUUACAAAUACAACAACAGCAACAACAACAAUCGAGUAAACAGCAGCAGUUAAGUUUUUUUUAAAUACUUAAAUAGUUUAAAAUCUCUGUUACAUCUAAUCUAAUACAUUCAAUAGCAUUUCUAUAAAUGCUUUAGUUGUAGUUAAAUAAUAUGUAACUUAUUAUAUGGAAGAUUUCUUUAUGUCAAGAACUAUUCUCAAACGCUGAUAUCUGAUCAGUUUAUAUGUAACUAAUGCGAUUCCUAUAUUACCGAAUUAUCAUCUAUAAUUCUUUUUAUUUCAGUCAUUUUUAUAAUUUAAAGUACUUAACGUAUAAUUAUUUUAUGGUUUCGCAUACCACUCAAUAUAUAUGUAUAUAUACAUGAUAUACAUGUAUGAUAUCUAAUAUUAAUUGAGGCGGCAGUCUUUUACGAUCUAGUGAUUUCAAUCACAUGACUUCAAUGUGGUGAAACAUUAUUAAUAUUUAUACAGAACUGUGUUUUGUAUAUGUUAUUUAAAAUUUAUCAUAAACAUAAUAUACAUUACAUGAAAGAAUUUAUAAUUAUCUGUUAUAUCUGCUGCUUAAUAGUCUAUCUAUAGAACACAAGAGAUCGUAAUUUUGCAUUCUUCUCGUUCAGCUCACUUCGUUAUAAAAACGAGAAACAAAAUAAAUAUGCAAUUCACACUGCUUAUAACUUUCUGAAGUUAUUGUUGUUUGUGGUUUUCAAACUCUCUUAAAACCUUCUGGCGCAAGUAUAAGCAAUAUGCAAAUUUAAUUAAAAAUUUCUGUUUUCCUCUUUUACGCUCUCGCAUUAUCACAUAAUUAGCUCUAGUUGUUUCUCAAUUUUCGCAAUUUACUUUAAUUUUUGAUUGAAGCUACUUUGAGAACAAAUAGGGUUUCUGCAAGAAACCUUAACUUUGUAAUAUGAAUUGGAUAUAAGAUGAAAUCAAGAUUUGCUGUGUAAACAGGCUUUCAAGGAAUGGAGUCAAACAAGUACAUAAAAAUAAUAUUUCUAUUUCAUAUUAAAUAGAAAAUUUUCUUCUAUUAUACAAUAUGAAUUUUCUUAAAGUCUGUAUUUGGACAACACAAAGAAUCUUAAUUUCGUUCUUAAUUUUAAUUUCGUUAAGUCGAAUUUAAAUC